CUGAUCUCCACAGAAGAUUUUUUUUUUCUUCGCUUCACGGGGCUGGCCGUUUAAAGAGAAAAACAGGGGUAAAAAAGAAAAUAUACCCGCCCCCAGACGUGCCUCCCCAGCGCCGCAGGGAGCCAACAGACACGCUGGAGUUUCACAAACAGCAAUACUCUUCGCGCUCCUUGAAAAGCAGGGCUGGACGCUCUCCGUGGUGCUGAAACGCUUCGAGGCUGUCUCUGUCCGUGGUACCUAGAGCCCCCUCGCUCCAAUUUCCCCUGGGGCUCUCCCUCCGCGCCCCUGUUCCCCACCUCCCCUUAGGAUUUGGAUUAUUUUUUUCAACAGCGCUCACUGUUUUGUAAGUGCCAAUUUGAAACAUUUUUGCCCCCAUAACUCGUGGACUACAAAGCACAAGGACCUGAAAAAUGUACAGCUUCAAUACUCUUCGCCUCUACCUUUGGGAGACCAUUGUAUUCUUCAGCCUUGCGGCUUCUAAGGAGGCUGAAGCUGCCCGUUCCGCAUCCAAGUCUAUGUCACCCUCGGAUUUCCUGGAUAAGCUAAUGGGGAGGACCUCUGGAUACGAUGCCAGGAUCAGGCCCAAUUUUAAAGGUCCCCCGGUGAACGUGAGCUGCAACAUUUUCAUCAAUAGCUUCGGUUCCAUUGCUGAGACAACUAUGGACUAUAGGGUCAACAUCUUCCUACGGCAGCAGUGGAACGACCCCCGGCUGGCCUACAAUGAAUACCCAGAUGACGCUCUGGACCUGGACCCAUCCAUGUUGGACUCCAUCUGGAAACCUGACCUGUUCUUUGCCAAUGAGAAGGGGGCCCACUUCCACGAGAUCACCACGGACAACAAACUGCUGAGGAUCUCCCGGAAUGGGAACGUCCUCUACAGCAUCAGAAUCACCCUGACACUGGCCUGCCCCAUGGACUUGAAGAAUUUCCCCAUGGACGUCCAGACGUGCAUUAUGCAACUGGAAAGCUUUGGAUACACCAUGAAUGACCUCAUCUUUGAGUGGCAGGAGCAGGGGGCUGUGCAGGUGGCAGAUGGACUGACUCUGCCCCAGUUUAUCCUGAAGGAGGAGAAGGACUUGAGAUACUGCACCAAGCAUUACAACACAGGCAAAUUCACCUGCAUCGAGGCCCGGUUCCACCUGGAGCGACAGAUGGGCUACUACCUGAUCCAGAUGUACAUUCCCAGCCUGCUCAUUGUCAUCCUGUCAUGGAUUUCCUUCUGGAUCAACAUGGAUGCUGCCCCAGCCCGUGUGGGCCUGGGCAUCACCACCGUGCUCACCAUGACCACCCAGAGCUCAGGCUCCCGAGCAUCCCUGCCCAAGGUGUCCUAUGUGAAAGCCAUUGACAUUUGGAUGGCCGUGUGCCUGCUCUUCGUGUUCUCAGCCCUGCUCGAGUACGCCGCUGUCAACUUUGUGUCUCGGCAGCACAAAGAGCUGCUCCGAUUCAGGAGGAAGCGAAGACAUCACAAGAGCCCCAUGUUGAAUCUGUUUCAGGAGGAUGAGGCCGGAGAGGGCCGCUUCAACUUCUCUGCCUAUGGGAUGGGCCCGGCCUGCCUUCAGGCCAAGGACGGCAUCUCGGUCAAGGGCGCCAACAACACCACCACCAACCCACCUCCUGCGCCAUCCAAGUCCCCGGAGGAGAUGCGAAAACUCUUCAUCCAGAGGGCCAAGAAGAUUGACAAAAUCUCCCGCAUCGGCUUCCCCAUGGCCUUCCUCAUCUUCAACAUGUUCUACUGGAUCAUCUACAAGAUCGUCCGCAGGGAGGAUGUCCACAACCAGUGAUGGGUCUGAGAUGGGGGGAGGCUGGGAGAGGGCAGAGUGGGAAGAGCACAGGAAUCUGAGGGCCAAAGAGGAGGGGACAGGAGGGAGGGGGCACACACACAACUGUCUCCUUCUCUGCAAUGUGUGCAAUCCCAAAUGCGGCGAUGCAUGACUCUUAGAAUGUGGCACUAGCUAUUUAACCUCGGGUGGCUGGUGGGAGCGGGGAGGGAGGGGCUUUUCUAAUACAGGAACUGAGGGGCCAGGGAGGAAGGGGAGGAUUCGGGGUGGGUCAGGGGGAGUGGGAGAAAACAGCUUUCAAAAAUUUGAGUCCGUGGGCUGUGCAGUAUUCCUGUUUGGAAGGAGUGUACAGUCUGCCCCAGAGCAGAAGGGAAGCAAUAUAAUAUAGGAUAUAUAUUCAUGCUUAAUAUUAAUCCAAAACCACAAGAACAAAAGAUUUGUUUCUUAACCUAUCAGCCUAGUAACUGCUUAAAUUUUUAAAGUCACAGAAGUAAUGGACAAUUUUUCCCAGAGUGGAAACAGUCACAAAUAAGCUUGCUCUGCUGUGUGUCCCACAUCACACCCCUCCAAACGCCAUGCCUAUCUUCAAACUGGCCCAGGCGAACUCAUGCCAAAAAGCCAUUCCGCCUCUGCUUCAAGAGGGUCAUGCGGCCGAGGCAUGGGUAGUGGAAAUGGGGAAAAGUGGAGAGAAGAGAAGGGAGUGACUAAAGAGAUGGGACAUUUCUGAGGCCCGAAGAUUGAGAAUCCAUCCUCACGUCUCCAGGCUGAGGACCUCUCUCUGAGCUGCCCCUCUCUGAGCCCUCACGCUUCUGUGCUUCACCACCCACACCACCUACCCUCCACCACCACCCAGAAAUGACCACCGUGGUUUUUCUCAUAUUGCCAAUAUGCAAUCUUUUUUAUGGUUUAAAAAAAAAGGUAAUAAUCUCAAGAAAUAAUAUGCAGAUAGACUGAGUAUAAACAGAUGCACUUUUUUCAGAUGUCUAUUUUUGGGGAGAGUCUCUGGAAUUGCAAGUGGGUGUAUGCUUGGGAAGGUGGGGUCCAUAGGAUGACACAGAUGCAUUACAUCGUGGUUCUGCAGAGUGAAGUUUUGCAAGGUGAAAGGGUAGCAGUGAGGCCGCUGCCACUUAGAUGUGUGUAUACGGGUGGAAAGAGAGUAAUGUUUAUAAAGUCUAGUCAUUAUAUUCUGACAUUUCAUAUACCACAAAGAAUGUGGGAAGCUUGGGGGGAAAGACCCCAUUAUAUUUUUAUAAGUCUUUUUUUUGUUUUCCUUUUUGGUGCUGUUUGGAUUUAACAUUUAAGAAAGUUAGACAAACAUUUCUCUUUCCUUCUAACUCUGAAGUGCCAGAACAAUCCAGAUAGCUAGGGAUAUCUUGGGAUAGUUCUGGGGAAAAAG